UUGUUUCUGUUUGACGCAUGAUCUUUGAUUCUUUUCGAUAAGUAAAAUAAACCUCAUGAACAAGUCAUUGGAGCCCACUUUAACUCUAUUUUUCUUUGUUCUUUCUUGUUUGUUAUUAUAUUACUUAGAAACUUCCACGUUGUAACAAAGGAAGUAUCCAAGCUACUUCCUUGCGUCCAUUAGUCUCCACUCCGGUUCCCACUUCCCCACCAAUUAUAAAUUCAGAGUGUUUGGGUUUACUCAAAAACACAAAAACAUCCAAAACAAGAUGAGCUCCUCUGACUCUUCUUCCGCGGAAUCCCGUCUAGCCACGGCUAAGACGGUUCUCACCACCGCGGCUUCGGUGGCUGCAACCGCAAUGCUGGCUCGAUCUUUACUCCAAGAUUAUUUGCCUGACGAGGUGCACGACUAUAUUUCCUAUGGAUUCCGUUCCAUCUUUGGUUACUUCUCCUCCCAAAUGACAAUAAUCAUCGAAGAAUUUGAAGGUUUUGCUCACAAUGAAGUCUUUGAGGCUGCAGAGGCCUAUCUAGCCACCAAGAUCUCUCCUUCUAAUAAAAGAAUCAAAGUGAGUAAACACGAGAAAGAAAACAACUACAAUGUCACCGUGGAGCGUGACGAAGAAGUUGUUGACACCUACAAUGGCGUCAAAUUCCAGUGGAUCCUCCAUUGUCGCCAUGUUGAGUCCAAGAACUUCCACAACCCACGGGAUCUAAACUCGACAAUGAGAUCUGAGGUCCGAUCAUUCGAGCUCAACUUCCACAAGAAAUUCAAAGACAUAGCUCUUGAAUCUUACUUGCCAUUCAUGGUGAAAAGAGCAACGUUAAUGAAGCAAGAGAAGAAAACACUCAAGAUCUUCACUCUCUCCCCAGAAAACAUGUAUGGGAACUACUCUGACGCGUGGACCUCUGUUUCUCUUGACCAUCCUUCUACCUUCAAAACUCUAGCAAUGGAUGCAGAUGUCAAGACAAGUGUGAUGGAAGAUCUAGACAAAUUCGUAAAGCGAAGAGACUUCUAUAAAAGGGUUGGUAAAGCUUGGAAGAGAGGUUACUUGCUGUACGGUCCACCGGGCACAGGGAAGUCAAGCUUGAUCGCAGCCAUGGCCAAUCAUCUCAACUUUGAUAUUUACGACCUAGAGUUGACCGCGGUUAACAACAAUUCUGAGCUCCGGCGAUUAUUGAUUGCCACUGCUAAUCGUUCGAUUCUUAUUGUAGAAGAUAUCGAUUGUUCACUAGAAUUGAAAGAUAGGACUAGUGAUGAACCUCCUCGGGAAUCUGACGAUGUAGAAGAUCCACGGUAUAAAAAAGUGACACUCUCUGGACUGUUGAAUUUCAUAGAUGGUCUAUGGUCAAGCUGCGGUGACGAAAGGAUCAUAAUAUUCACAACAAAUUACAAAGACAAACUCGACGCGGCCUUGUUGAGGCCAGGACGUAUGGAUAUGCACAUCCACAUGUCGUAUUGCACACCGAGUACCUUCAAAGCUCUUGCUUCAAACUAUCUAGAGAUCAAAGAGCACCGCCUUUUCAGCAAGAUCGAGGAAGGUAUUGAGGCGACAGAGGUUACUCCAGCAGAGGUGGCUGAACAGCUUAUGAGGAAUGACUCUGUUGAUAAGGUUCUUGAGGGUUUAGUUGAGUUCUUGAAAGUCAAGAAGAUCGAAAACGAACAAGAUAAGGCCAAAAAGGAGAAGCAGGAGUUGGAGAACAAGGAAAAGACCAACAAGGGAAAAGAUUCGGGAGUCAAGAAAAGUACCGAAGACGUUGAGGAACAGCUAGUGAGGAAUGACCGUGUUGAUAAGAUUCUUGAGGGUUUGGUCGAGUUGUUAAAAGUCAAGAAGAUCGACAACGACCAAGAUAAAAGCCAAACAUGAGGAGGUGAGCAACAUUAACUUGUGAGAUUUGGAAGAGAAUUAACGAGAGAUCAAUACCUAAAUCACUAAAUCGCCAACGACCGUAGUUACUGUCGCAACCUCCAGAUUCCUAUAAUCCUAUAUAAUCUAGUCCUAAGAUUUCGAGAUUCGAUCCGAUUAUAGAGAAUUUAGAAAGUAAGUCAAAUUCAGAGCAUAAACUCCUAAAGAUCAAGCGAUUACGCAAGUAAAACAUAAAUAAGAGAACCGAUCUGAUAUAAUCCAGAGACCAAAAAAUAGAACAAGGGAAAUUUGAAGAGAUCAGUUAGAAUACCUCUGAAUCCGAGUGGUAGCUGUAAAGAGAAUGGAGAAGUAAAGAGCACGUGUAUUUAUACAAAACGAAGCGUUUCGCUUGUUUUUCCUCUGCUAUGUUUUGGUUUUUUAAAAAAAAACAUUUGUAGCACAAUUUCUUUUUAGCGACUAAAAAAUGUUUGAUUUUUAA